AGGCGCUAUCUAUCGGAAACCUGAAGGAGGAAACAAUAAAGACGGGAUGGGAUAAGACGAGGAACGUGUUUUCGACUACCUUCCCCUCUCGGCUCUGUUUUUCGGCACUAUAGAGGGUCCCUCGUUUCCAGAAUGCAUCGUUUCAAGAAUGCAUCGCUUACGCCGAGUUUUACAAGGGGCCCGGAUUCUGCCCUGCUUUCUUCCAUGCCUCAUUACGCGCGAGGUGGCCGAGGGCAAGACGGUGGACUUCGUGCUAGCGCCUUACCUCGGCUCGGAGUCAGAGGGUGGCAUGCAACUUAGCGUGCCUUCUCCUAUGCACGCUAAUCUCGUCUGCUUUCUUGGUGCGUAGCGUGCGCAGGAAAAGGCACCCAAUGCUAAGUUGACUUAUGAUAGGGAUAGGUUCUAUAGACAGGGCUGCUAGGCCGCACUAUAAGACUCGUGGAGUCUGUUAUAACGUACAUGAUAAGCGAGCAACGCAGAUAAGCGAGCGACGCACUUUCUACCACCCUACAG